GCUACUUGUUUUCCUGAAGCAAAGAAGGGAGAGUUCGACUCCGGUGGGAGCUCCUCCUACUCCGCCGCUCUCUCGCUUCCUAUGGCGCCUCCGAAGAAAUCCAAGAAACCCAAACGCAAGGCGAAGGAUCCAUCGAAGCUCGGCGACAGAUCCAACGCCGCUCAUGUGGAGCUCAAGGCCGGGGACACAGAGUGGUGGUACACCUUCUGGCACAAGAACGGUGGCUCGCCCGGGAUCGCUAUUCCUUCUGAUGAAGACGAAGCUUUCAAGUAUUUCUUUCGGGUGUCAAAGAAGACUUUUGAGUACAUAUGUUCACUUGUGAGACAGGAUCUGGUUUCAAGGCCUCCUUCAGGUCUUAUAAAUAUUGAAGGGAGGCUUCUAAGCGUCGAGAAGCAAGUUGCCAUUGCAAUGAGAAGAUUAGCAUCUGGUGAAUCCCAAGUAUCAGUUGGUGCCGCCUUUGGAGUUGGACAAUCUACUGUUUCUCAAGUCACAUGGAGAUUUAUCGAGUCCAUGGAAGAGCGAGCCAGACAUCAUCUCAGGUGGCCUGAUGCAGACAGGAUAGAGCAGAUCAAAACCAAAUUGGAGACAGCCUUUGGAUUGCCUAACUGCUGUGGAGCCGUAGAUGCAACCCAUAUUAUAAUGACGCUUCCUGCAGUGGAAUCGUCAGAUGAUUGGUGCGACCAAGAGAGCAAUUACAGCAUGUUCUUGCAAGGAAUCGUGGACCAUGAACUGAGAUUCCUUGACAUUGUGACCGGUUGGCCUGGAAGCAUGACUAUUUCCCGCCUAUUGAAGUGCUCAGGUUUUUUUAAACUCUGUGAGAGUGGGAGGCGGCUAAACGGUCCUAUUAAAAUGUCUUCAGAGAAGGCAGAGAUCAGAGAAUUCAUCGUAGGAGAUGCAACCUACCCCCUUCUUCCAUGGCUCAUGACUCCAUACGAGGGCAAAAACUUGUCCUCUUCAAUGAUCGGCUUCAAUGCCAAACAAAAGGCUGCAAGGUUGCUUGCAGCGAGGGCGUUGUCUCAAUUAAAGGGUGGCUGGAGGAUCCUACACAAAGUCAUGUGGAGACCAGAUAAGCACAAGUUACCUAGCAUUAUACUCGUGUGCUGUCUGCUUCAUAACAUUAUCAUUGACACCGGCGAUGAGUUAAAUGCGGAUGUUGCUUUAUCGAACCAUCAUGAUGCUGGUUACAAAGAGCAAAGCUCUCAGCAGGUGGAUCCCCAAGGUAAGGCUAUGAGAGAGACCCUAACCAGACAUUCGUCGUGUGAUGACGUGUCGUGUUGAGCCAAAAGGUCUCAAAUGAUAAUUUAUGCACUCUUGUACCCAUAUCGAUUUAGGUGCUGUUGAAUUCCAUAACCGUACACCAAAUAUGAAACUUUUGGCCACGGAUAGGCUGAUUCUUGCUUGA